GAAACACUAGCGAGAAAGACCACCGCCAACGGUGGAAAUCUCUUUUACCGGAACAGAACAGGUUCUGAAGCCUGAAACACAUAAAUUUGUUGUUCCUAACAUCCGUGUGGUAUUAGUUCUUGACCUCUAUCAUGACUAUCAUCCUAAUUCGUCUUUUAACAUGGUCUCCACACUCCAGAACAGAAAGACAAGUUACAGUUGUCCACCACCAUUUCUGUGAAAUAAACUAAACCCACAUUUUCGCAUUACUACCACCCCUAGGUCUCCCCUGUCCUACUUUGAAGCUGCAGUCAAGGUCUUCUCUCCUCUCUCACUCAUUUCCGACCCGCACCAUCCGCCACUCAAACCUCCCACUUCUGUCUUCUUCUUCUUUCCACACCUUCAGCUUCUCUCUAUGUUCUUCAGUUCUUCUCAUUAUUAAACCCCACCCCAACUCCCCAACUCAAUCCUUAAACCCCCAAAACUCAACAUGGGUUUCUCUAGCCUCACCCUCCUCCUCUUCCUCACCCUCAUCUCCAUUCUCGCCGCCCCUUCCUCCGCCGCCACCUUCAACUGCACCGCCUCUUCCCCCGCCACCACCAGCUGCCAAGCGCUCAUCGACUUCGUCCCCACAAACGCCACCACCCUCAACGCCGUCAAGACCCUCUUCAACAUCACCCACCUCCGCACCCUACUCGGAGCCAACAACCUCCCCCUCUCGACCCGAUCCAACUACUCCAUCCCCGCCGCCAGCAAGCUCCUCGUCCCCUUCUCCUGCCUGUGCCUCAACGGCUCCGGCGUCUCCAACCGCCGCCCCGUCUACACCGUCAAGGCCGGCGACGGCCUCGACUACAUAGCCAGCUUGUUCUCCCGCCUCGUCACGUUCCAGGAGAUCGCCCGGGCCAAUGGCAUACCCGACCCGGACCAGAUCGAGGUCGGGCAGAUCCUGUGGAUCCCCCUGCCCUGUAGCUGCGACCAGGUGAACGGCGCGGAAGUCGUGCAUUACGGACACGUGGUGGAGGCGGGGAGCUCGGUGCAGGUGAUCGCCGAUGAGUAUGGGACUACCCAAGAGACGCUCCUCAGGAUUAAUGGGAUUGCCGAUGCCGCUAAACUUCAGGUUGGUCAGGUCAUUGAUGUUCCUCUCAAAGCUUGUGCGUCGUCAGUAUCAAAUGAGUCGUUAGAUUCCCCAUUACUUGUUCCAAAUAACACCUACGUCUUCACUGCUUACAGUUGCGUGCAGUGUCAAUGUAGUUCUGCGAACAAUUGGACGUUACAAUGCGAACCAUCAAAUCUUAAUUCAACUCUCUGGACAACAUGCCCUUCGAUGCAAUGCCAAGAUUCAACUUUAAACAUGGGCAACACCACAUCUCCCUCCGCCUGCAAUCAAACAACUUGUGCCUAUGACGGUUACAAUACCAAAACCAUUCUUACAAGUCUGAUUGCUGAAUCUACCUGUUCAACUCCUAGCAUUGCUUCUAAAAUGGGAUUACACGGCAUCAGUUGGAACUUUCUUUUCACCGCAGUUCACUUGGCGCUUCUCUGUUUUCAUCUUCUUUGAUGAAAUGUCUUUGUAAGUUUGUAUGAUUGUGUUAGGAGGAUGAGGAAGCAAACUGAUAUGUGGUACAAUUCUUCUGUACAUCCUACUGUACAAGUAUAUAUAUUUGUGGAAGCUUGCAUGAUCAUGCCUUUCCAAGAGUAGAUUUUCUUUUGUUGGGAAUCAAAAUACAACCUUGUUUCAAACAUGCGUUGGACUCAUCUUGUAGCAAUGCCAUUUUCAAAUGUUAUCAUAUAUUCUGUUC